AUGGCGGCGCUGGCCCGCAAGGCCGCGGACUACCUGCGCAGCAAGGACUUCAGGGACUACCUCAUGAGGUGGGCGAGAGGCGGAAGCCGGUCUUUCUCCCCGCGGCCGAGCCGACCUUCGCGGGGCCUUCAGGGCGCUGCUCACCCGCUGCUUGGAAGGGGAAGGAGCUGCGGGCGCGUCUCGCGUUUGGUGGGGUGGAUUCACACAGCCUCUGUCUCCGCAUCAAAGGGGAAACACGGGCGGGAGGGCUUGGAGUCACGGCUGCGAGUCCGUGUGUGCUUGGCUCGGGAGAAAUAGAGCUCGUUCUCUUUUGCUUUCUGUGUCGUGUCUGCUACCUGGUCUCCUGUCAGGAUUUCCGUUGAGUUGCCGGGCGCUCCCAUCUCUGGGUGGUCGUGGUGUGGUUCAAAAUGGGCAUCUCUUGAUCCGCAAACGGGCGAAAUCGGGCCUCCCUACACCCAGGGUGACCCUUGAGGCUCGGGUGGCAUUCGGUGUCCUUGGGAACGGGGCCUGCGCGGGGAGUUUGCCGGCUCGCGGUGGAAGCAUCCUGCCCGCCCGUUCAGGUGAUUGAGCUGCUGCUGUUGCACCUGCAUCCGAUGCGUCUAUAUAGGAAGCUAACUGUCAGCUAGGCUGCUGUAAGGAAGGGGCUUCCUUCUCGUAAAUAUUCCGGGGGUGGGGGUGGGGAACGGGCCCUGCAGUUUCAGCCUCAGUGUUGUAGAAAUGACAACUGCACCUGCUGAAUACAGUAAUACAGUAAUGCUAGUAAACCCGAAGAUGGGAACCUUUUUGACCAGGUGGACCAGAUCUUUUAUAUAGAUAUAUAUUCCCCACACAGACUUUGAAAGAGGCAGGUCUCAUCCACCUGCCAGUCAUCAGAUAGCAUAAUGAUGUUUGGUGGGACAACCCAUCUGUCAAUCACCUAUCAGAUGGUGGGCUGACCUGCUCAGUCUUGCUUUCUCAGGAGAAGCAGCUGUGCCUCUACCUGCCUCACACCUGAUGUCCACAUAGGUUGUCAGCUUUGGGGAAGGUGGGUGUGGUUUAAGGAAGACAGCCUUAUGGGCCAAAUGGGGAGAUCUGGAGACGAUUUGUCCUGUGUCUGAAGAUCCUCCUCUGCUGUAUAUGCUUAUCUGGGAUUAAGUUCUACUGAACAUACUGAGACAUCCAUGGCUGUAGUGGUAAUCUUACUCAUCUCUAGUUGCCAUUUAUCCCUUUUUAAGGAGAGGCCCUGUAUUCUGCACCCACCUGUUCUCAAUCUACUCCACAGAAUAGGAUGCAGGCUACUGCUUUGGGACCCUUUGGGUACCUCAACAUGCAGAAGAAGGGGAUUGAGCAAGUUUGAGUAAUGAAGAAAACCUGCAGUGCUGUAAUGACUGGUGGGAAGACACAAAAUAUUACAUGGAGCGAAUUGGAUUUAAGAUCAGAAAUUAUGUUUAGGAUUAACCAUGUUCUAAAGUGACAUUGAUUUGUUCCAUGCAAGUGAAAUAGGCUUAAUUGUGGGUGGGGUGCUUUGUUGCUAAAUGCUAAUGUUAAAUAUUGAGUUCUGUUAACUAUGAUACAAUUGCUAACUAUGAUACACUACGUGUAUAAACAUGAUGUGAUUGCAGAAGAGCUUUAUGCGCAUUUCCAUGAUGACCCCAAUCUGUUUUUACUAAUGCUGUGCUUAUAUUGCACAAGAUAGAAAGAGCUUGCACAAUAUACAGAUCUUUCCCAGUCAUUUGACAUUGCUGCUUAAGACAGGGGUGUAAGAAAUCAAGAAGACAAAGAAUCUGUUUAAUUUUAAAAGAUGAUGAUGUUUUCCUUAAGUUAGGACAACCACUCCAAUUCACAUGCUAGUACUUUAAUUUAAUGAAUUUUUAUGCCUCCAUUCAAAAUAUACUAGAACUAGCUUUAUCAUUCCUAUCAGUACUUUAUUUAAUUAUACAUUUUAAUGCCAGCAUUCAGAAUAGACGCUCUUCUCACAACUUUUUACUGUCUUUUACCACCUUUUACCAGCUCUGUCUGGUUCACCUACCAUAGCCAUUCCAACAACAAUAUGGUUUUAAUUGUAUGGUUUAUAUAGUGUCAUUGUAAAGUGCUUGGACAUUUUUAAUGAAUAGUGGUGUAUAACUACUUUGAUAAAUAAAAAAUAAACCUUAAAAAACCAAUAUACUAAUGAUAAUAGCAGGAGGAAAACAUCUAGGUUAGGUUAUUCUAUUUCUAUCAGCCCAUGUAAGAGAUUGCAAAGAAUAAAAACUUAUACACACACACACACACACUAUAUAUAUGUGUGUGUGUGUGUGUGUGUGUGUGUGUACACACAUAUAUAGUGUGUGUGUAUCUAUGGGGUUUUUGGUGCAACACUAUCCAAUUUUUAAAUCUUGGAGCUUCUAAAUUUAUAUAUAUAUUUCAAAGUCUGCUGUACAAACUGUGGUUACCUAGUAGUAAAUGAGUAUUUAACUUUCAAACGAAGGUUGUCUGCACUACAGGUUACCUCAUUUCAGUCCAUUGAAUUAUUGGGUUGCAUCUAUGCUUUUGCAAACAAUUCUCUCCUGUUCCUUACUCUCCAUUUUUAUUCCUGUAGUUGGGGCUGACUUUGAUCUGAGUUGGGUUUGCUUCCCUCUCCCCCACCCCCAGAUUUUUAGUUACCCUUCAAAUCUCACAGUAGCAAUCUGUAAUUUUACAUUUUUGCCAUACAGAAAGUUUAAUUGUAGAUAACGUAUAAUUAAAUCUCCAUGACUGUGCCAGCCCAGCUUUACAAAUAGGCCCAUAAAAGUAAUUACAAAUACAGCCCACAAUUACUUUUGCUAGUAAUUGUGUAUAUGAUUCACAAGAAGAUGGCAACCAGUUUUUGUAAGGCUUCCCUAUCUGAUCACUGAACUCCAGUUCUUUCUUUUCAUGGGAGAUUACGGUAGGUUAGUGACUACUUACAAGUCUGUUCUAGCAGCAACAAUGGUUAAAUUGUUUUAUAAAACCAGCAACAACAGAUAACACUUUUAUAAAACCAAGCUGAAAAGAAGUGUGCCUACAUAUGAACAUUAACUUCUAGCGGAAGUGAAAAAAGUAACAGGAUAUGCAAGACAGGCAUCAAACAUAAACCAAAGGGAGCCAUAUGAUGACAAGAGUUAAGGAAUUAGCAUGGAGCUUCUUUUUUGUCUUUGUACACAUCUGUUUAUAAACGAUAGAGAGGAAAUUCUGGUGUAGAUAUGCCCAUACUGAUUUCCUUACUGAAGCAAUCUACUUCCAGUGUAUCUUCUCAGUUUAAACUUUGGAAGAACAAGCAGGUUACAAAGGACUUUUGGGAGUAUGUCUUGAAAUGCUUGCAAUACUACAUUUCUGCUCAGCUAAUUUCUGUAUUCCCCAGGCUUUCAGGUGGUAAUGUUUGAUAAGAGACAUAUUAUUGCUCCAUAAACUGUUGCCAAGCCCAUCCUGGUCAUGCUGUUGAGUGCCUAUGGUGAUCAAAUUGAUUUUAGUGCUGAAAAGGUGGUGUUGAUUUAAAGUGUACUCAUUAAAUGUUUUUUAAAAGUCAGAGCCUCUUGAGAGAAUGGGCAAGAUGACUAUAGAACAAUGAACUGUCCUUUGCCUUGUUGAGCUAUGCAAGAUUUACUUCAUAAACAAGAACCUAGAAUCUUUAGUCAUUGGAAUUGUUUGGGUUCCCUUCUCACAUAACCCAAAUAGGAGAUAGUGAGAUGAUUCUUUCAAUAUGUCCAGCUUAUUUAGAUGUUCUUGCAGCUGCAAGUGAUCUCAUGGACAGUGGAUUCCAUGUGACCGGCAGGAUAUGUAAAGGCCACCUUAUUUGCAGCUCUUUUGCAAUCCUUAUCUGAAAUAAUAUGCAUUUUUAAAGGAGAAAGCAGAUGAUGAUCCCUGAGAAAGAAGAAAGGAGAUAUUUUGAUAUUGGGAAUUUUUUAAACAUUCAGGCACGUGUAAAGUUUAGGCAAACUAAGAUCCUAGAUAAUGAAGACCUUCUCAUAGGGGCAGUUAGGCUCAUCAUUCUGGGGUAAAGUAAAUGAAGUAUGUUGACUUGCAAGAACACAAGGUCGGGGGAAUGACAGAAUGAAGACAUUAAAUCGGUGAUUAAUGGGUCAUGCAUGGGAUGCUGAGAGAGAAACUGUUGCGUGGAAUAAUGAAGCCUUUUAAUUAUUCGCAGAUACAGGCAUAAUGGAAUAUAGUAGCCUGAAUUAGGAGUGUGCAAGUUAACUACAAUCCCAUGGCACCUGCUUGGCCAGCCAACUUUAUCAUUUAAAAGAUUUGGCUUUCAUUAAAACAAGUGGAGACCUGCAAUAACUCAAUGUGCAUGGAAGGGACUGUGCAGAAGGAGGGAGGAGGGUGCCUGUCCUUCCCUGUGCUUUCUUCUUCUCAUAUACGUUCUCCAAAUCUGUGAGGUGGCUCUUUUGAUGUGACUGGCAGAGGAUCCAAGUGGAUUCUACCACCAUGAAACUUUCAAAAGAGAGAGUGGCAUAGUGACCAAAGAUACCUAACCUGGGAAAAGGAGGAAUAUAAUUUUUGUACCAUCCAAGUAAUAUUCAAAGUAUGCCUCCCUAGUUCUGACGUGUUUAUAUAGGCCUGCAUUCUGAAUGCAUGUGUGGCUGUCCCAUUUUUCUGUUUUAGUUUGAAAGUUAAUUUUUCAGGUGUGAAGCUUGGGGCAGUGCUGCAUAUGCUGCAGCUCCGUCUAACCUGGUAGCCCAUGGCUCUUAAGAUAGGCAUUCAGCAAUUCUUUCAGUCUUCACACUGUGCCCUUAUUUAACACAAGACUCUGCGAUUUUUUACGGUCCUUUUUCUUUCUCUUCUGUUGCCCUACCUUAAAGCUAAAUGGUUAUGCUAGAGGAAGACAACUCACAGUCAUAUUUUUACUACUCUUUCCCCCUUUGCAGGUCAGGAGAGAAGCAUUUAUUUUGAAAAUGGGGGCACCAUGUCCAGAACCAUUGUUAAAAUAACAAGAUACUGUUACUACAUCCCAUUCAUGCAUAUAAUACCUCUAAAUAAACUUAUUGUCUCUAUUCAUAAAGUUGGAUAUCUCAAAUAAUGCAAUAACCUUUAGAAAAUGUCAUGUUGAAUAUAUUUUGUAGAUAAAAUUAGUUAUGGCUCCUUAUUUCCAAAGACAUGAGAAUAUAAAACACAUUUUAGUGAUUUGUUGCUAAAUGAGCACACUAAAGUACUUUGACUUUUUUGUGAAGAACUAUAUGUGGCAUCUCUCGUAUACAUACUGAAUUUUAUUUCAUGAAAGCUAAUAACUAUUUAUUUUCUCUUUCAUGUACCAAUUAAAUGAUGAAACAUUAUGGCUUCUCAUAACACAGUACGGUAAGGCACCGUCUCUGCUUUCUUUCUGCCAAUUGUAAUUGUGCUGUUCUUGCUUAGUUAUGAACAAGCCUGCACAGUUGAUGUGCUGUUCCUCUCUGUAGAUGGGUUAGAUAAAAUAUUAUUUCUUCUGCUCCAUUAGUAUCACGCCCACAUUCAAAUAGCUACCCUGAGAUCUCAAUAAACUUAUCAUUUGAUACUAGUGUAGACAGAAUUGUUGUUCAGCCAUUUUCUUCUGAAGAUAUAACCUGCUUCUUGAAAUUGUAUAUGACAUUUGGUGUGUCUGCCUCCCACUGCCAAAAAAGGAGAGGGGUGCAUUUAGUACAAGUACUUCAUUUUAAAGGAUGAAUGCUAUUCAUUGAUUGUCAGUAUUGUUCAGCUAUGACUCUUUCCAGUACAUAUAGCAACUGCUUAAUAAUGCAACAAGUAGCUGCAGCUAGCUGAAGGGGUCGCUGCACUCUGAAGUAUGUUCAAGGCAAUUGUGCUGUUGUGCCUCUCCUCUGAUGGCUGCAAAAUUAGUUUGUGACUCCCCCAACAAAAUAGCAGUGUGUGGGAGCAUUUGUUAUUUCAGGAAACUAUUGAACUGAUGAUCUUUGUAGCCAGCAAUACUAUACAAUUAAACUCCAUAUUGAAGCAAAAAGGGUCCCUGAGCCUUUGGUAAUUCUCCUCCCCCCCCAAAAAAAAAUCAGGCUUUAUUAGUAAUUAUUAGUAAAUCCAAGUGAGUGCCAAAUUAAUCCAACUCUCAUGCAGCUUUUAAAGAUGGUGCUUUCUUACACAGAAAAUUCUUGUUGCUUACGUCUUACAUUAGCAAUGCUAAUUCAGCUGGUUUCCCAGUAAAUAUGGGUAUUUGAUAAUUCCUGAAUAUCCUAUUAAGUAGUCUUAAUAUAUAUGUAUGUUCAAAUAAAUACAUUUCCCCUUAAAAAACACCUUAGUGACAGGAAUCAUGAUGUGAAUUUUGAAGCUUUUUGAGAAGCCUGAAAGUAUACAGUACACUUCUUCUUUCUAUUCUAAACUUUGGGAAUCCACUAGACUUGAGAAAUGACUUUUAGGUAAAAAAAAUCUAAUUACAUAGAAUGCUUGCUUUCUCUUAAUUGGACUGUCAGUGUAAGGUUAUUUCACACAUACUUCUGUUGUAUGUAUGCUAUGCUAAACAUUUUAUUUGACUUAAUACACUGGGAGAGGACAGACACUUUAACCAACACAUUCUUAGUGUGUAAGAAAUAAGAUGGCUCCUGUUCAGCAAUACAUCAUGAAAUUCUGUUUUAAAAAAUAUGAAGAAGCAGGGGGUAAAGCAUCUUUUCCUCUUAUUAUCUCCAUUAUAGCACUUCUGGGGGCCAGUAGCCAACUGGGGACUCCCUAUUGCUGCUAUUAAUGAUAUGAAGAAAUCACCAGAGAUCAUCAGUGGCCGAAUGACCUUUGGUAAGUAGUAAAAUGUUUAAUCUAGGGAUGAAACUAAUUCUUAAAGUGUCAGCAAACUUGCUUAGAUGUGUAACCUGCAUUUAUUGCUAUUUCUUGAAGAGCUACAUUUAAUAGUAUUUAUUGAACAGUUCCACACCUAGCAAUGCUGAAUAGCAAACUACCGAUCAAAGAGAAUAAUUUAACUGAGAUUGUGCAGGCCUAAGGAAUCUCUUUGAUUCCUAGCUGAUUUUCCAAACUACUAUAUCUGACAGGAGUUGGAUUCUUGCAGUCAUUUAAAGAACUUGGAGGGGCUGCUAGUUGACAUAGAUAUAGUCCUGCUGAAAGAGGCUGUGAGGCUUAUAAAUAUGUGACAGCAUCCGUGGGUUUGCCUUUCACUAUUUGCACAUGGCAGCAACUCUGAGCACAGACACUGUGUAACUAUUUUGUGUAUUUCUUGGGAACGACUAAAUUAAACAACAAUGUAGAUAUUCUGCAGCCUUCAAAAGACAAAAAGCAGUUAAUAUUUAACUGCUUCAACAAGGGGGUUCCAUAUUACAAUGCUCAUAGCUUUUUUUAAAUGCCAAAAAGACACUUUCUUUCAGAUGAUGAGUAGGUGCAACAAACCCAAAACACUUAAAUGCCUGGCAAUGCUGAAUAACAAACUACUGAUCAAAGGGAAGAACUGAAUUGAGGUUGCGCAGGCCUAUGGCAUCUCUUUGAUUCGUAGCUCAUUUUCCGAACUACUGUAUGUGACAGGAGUGGGAUACUUGCAAUCAUUUAAAGAACUUGGUUAGUCCCAAGAGAAAUGGAGCCAAAAUAGACCCACUGAGAAAAAGAGGGAGAUAAUCACAGUAUGCUGAGGGGAACCCUGAGGUUUGUAGAAGUACAAUUUUUAGGACGUAUAGGCAGCAAAAAAAUCCCCCCAAACAGCCCAAUGAUUACUUAGCAUUUUCAGUAGCAAAAGCAUCUGCUCCAGUAGUAAUUGUAAGAUGAUGAAAUACAUAUAUCUAAUUGUCAGUGUGAACAGAGGUUCACUUGGAAUGUAAUUGAAAUAGUAAUUGCAGAAAUGGAGGGAACUGCCUAGUCAGAGUUCCAGAAUACUCUAAAGUCUUGUUAAUUUUACUUUUACAGCCCUCUGCUGUUACUCGUUGACUUUCAUGCGGUUUGCAUAUAAGGUGCAGCCAAGGAACUGGUUGCUGUUUGCUUGUCACUUUACCAAUGAAGGCGCACAACUUAUCCAAGGAGGACGAUUAAUUAAAUUCAAGUGAGUACACUUUUAAAAAAUUGCUGUAACAAUUAAUGAGAUAAACUAAGCAGUUUUUUUAAUCUCAUACUUUUUUUCUUCAUAAGCCUUGUUGGAUGAAGACUUUUCCUUGAAUCAACUUUUUAUUUUUAUUUUUUCUUUUCUUCACAGCCUGGAAAAGAAGAACUGA